UUAAAAAAUUAUUUAAAAAGAAAAACACUAAAAGUGUUAAAAUGGUUUCAUACAGACAUACAGGCAAACACAAACUCAAAUGAAGCAGUCAAGCUUUACACGUUAUAUAAUAAAUAGGUAGUAAAAGCAUGAAAGUCCCACAAUUUAAAUCUUAUUGUAUUAAUGGGCCCUGAUUUCUCGGUCUAAACUCGAUCAAUUAAUCUAUUAUCUAAACUCUAGAGUAGAUGUCAUUUACUUGUAAACUAAAAUCAAUUGGUUUUGGACUGCUUCUUGGGCUAUAUAUAGCGCAUGCAUGUUUCUCAUGCAGCAUCGCUCAAUCCACAAAGAAAGGGAAAAUUAAAAAAAAACACACACACACACACACACGAACAUUUCUAUUAGAAAAAAAAAAAAAUGGAAGGUCUUCUGCACUUUCUUUUAGCUAAAAUCAUUUUGGUGGCUUUAGCAUCUUCGUUUGUAUAUUGUUACGACCCAUCUCCUCUUCAAGACUACUGUGUUGCCACCAACGAAACUAAUGGAGUUUAUGUAAAUGGAAAGUUCUGCAAAGAUCGAAGACGUGUAACGGCGAAUGAUUUUUAUACUUCCGGCCUAAACGUUCCCGGAAACACCAGCACCGGUCCCGGCGCCAAAAUCACAGCCGUGGAUAUCGAAAGAAUGCCUGGUCUUAACACUCUCGGGGUCGCCAUUGCUCGCAUCGACAUCGCCCCUGGCGGUCUAGUUCCACCUCACACGCACCCACGUGCCAGCGAGAUCUUCUUAGUCAUGAAGGGCAAGCUUUUCGUUGGAUUUGUGUCGUCAAAUGAAUAUAACUAUACACUCUUCACCAAAAUUCUUUAUCCCGGAGAUGUAUUUGUGUUUCCCAAAGGUUUACCACAAUUUCAUGCGAAUAUGGGGAAGACAAAUGCGGUUGUGAUUGCUGCAGCUGGGAGCCAAAACCCCGGUAGGAUCAUAAUAGGUGAUGCGGUUUUCGGAUCGAAACCUUUGAUUGAUCCCAAGGUUUUGGCUAAAGCUUUUGCGUUGGACUUGGACAAAGUGAAAUAUCUUCAGGCAGUGUUUUCUGAUGACAUACUAAGAGAGUAAUCAUAAAAUGUAGUUAUGACGAAAUAAUCUGAUGAUUAUAUACAUACACAUGUGUAAUGUGCUACUUAAUUAAUUUAAAAACAAUUUGUAUGAAAUUAAUAAAAUUAAUGAAUAAAUAAAGAGGUUUUGAUCA